ACAGUAGGUGGCGGUAUAAACCUUAACAACGUUAGCUGCGGAUCACAGAGAACUGUGGGACUAAAAAAGUGCUCGAUAUUUGUUCUUUUCGACAACUUAACGUGAAUGAUUACUAAUGCAAUGUAAAUACAAACAGUUGGAGGUUUGUAAACCAAUAACAGUAAACAGUGUCACUCUAGUCUAGUGACUUUAUCUAAGGGAGCACAUAAAACAACCUUCACGUUGUUAGCUACCGGCUAAGCUAAGCUAGCUAACCGGGUGUCUACAAACUAAAAACCUGACUUAAUUUAAAUGGAUUUUGAAGUAAGUAAUCAGUCCUUAUUUCGGAGCCUUCGCCAUUUGCCCCGGUUAUGCAAUCAAAUGUGCCACAUUUAAUUACGGCCAAACCAUUUAAAACAUUGAAUCCAAACUGACAGUUGGUUUGUUUGAGUACGAACUCAAACAUGGACACAGCGGAUAAAUGUCACAUCUGUCUGAGUGACUUUGAGCAGCAGACUGUGGGCUCUCUGGAGAAGUGCCAGCAUGUCUUCUGUCUUGACUGUAUUCUUCAAUGGUCCCAGACUGCCAACACAUGCCCAGUGGACCGGAUCAGUUUUGCCGCCAUCCACCAAAGGCAGUGUCGUGGAGGGGACAUUCAAGCAGAGAUCAAAGUAAAACCAGUGAAAAGAGACAGUGAUGAUGAAGAGCAGGCAAGUGAUGCUGUUAUCUGUGAGGAAUGUGGACGUAGUGACCGCAGGCAGCAGCUGCUAGUGUGCAUACACUGUGAUUCAGGGUAUCAUAUGGACUGCUUGACUCCAGCAUUAAGCGCAGCCCCUGAAGGUGACUGGGUUUGUCCAGACUGUGCAGCCAUUCUUCCUCACACAGGCGCCUCCAUGGUGGAAGAGAUCAGUGAUGGAGAACUUACAGACCUUCUAGCCGAAGUUGAUGACACUGCAACUCCCAGCAGUCGCCUUCGGCCCUCGACCUUGAAUCACACAAGCGGCUUCACAGUACGACGACGCAGCACGAGGCUGAGGAACAGAGCCAGAGACGAACCAAGUCCUCGCCCACAAACAUCCUUGCAUGUACCUAAAUACCUGCUACGAGCAUCAAGGCCUGCAGUCAGAGCAGAUGACAUAACCACAUAUAAUCAGAGCAAUACCAGCAGUUCUUCCAGUUAAAUACUCAGAAAAGACAAAGGCCUUUUGAGAGGACGUUCUUCACGGUGUGGUAAAUGUUUUAGUAAUCACCACUAGGUGGCAGCCUUGUAUUUGGCAGACCAACAACCAUAAACUUCAUGUUAGAACAUUCCUGCAGGUGCUUCUUUGUUGUCUCUCUGUUUACAUUUUUUAUGUUUUUUAUUGACAAUAAAACCUUAAAAGUG